UACAUGACCUCUUUGUGGCUUGUGCAUAUAAAUAGCUUACAACAUUGUACAUAAUGAGCAUCAAAAACCAAACAUACAUCCUUAGAAGAUACAAUACAGUACAAACUAAAGAUGUAUGUCCUUAAAGUCGCAUUAAUCCUCUUGGUAUCCCAAUUCAUUAAUCUCUGCCAUGGUGCUGGGAUUGCUACUUAUUGGGGACAGCAUGGUGAUGAAGGCACCUUAGCUGCCGCCUGCGCCACCGGCAACUACCAGUUUAUUAACAUUGCUUUCCUAAAUGUAUUUGGCAGUGGCCGUACUCCUCAGCUGAAUUUAGCUGGCCAUUGCAACCCAAGCAUUCCCGGAAGUUGUAGUAGCAUAGGGAAUGAUAUUGCAACCUGCCAAAGUCAGGGCAUUCGAGUGCUUCUCUCUUUGGGUGGUGGCCUUGGUACCUAUUCCAUCUCUUCCCCUGCUGAUGCACAACAGGUAGCAGACUACCUUUGGGACAACUUCCUCGGUGGAUCCUCAGACGCACGGCCAUUUGGGAACGCAGUGGUGGAUGGCAUAGACUUCGACAUUGAGCUCGGAUCAGGACAGAACUGGGAUGCCUUAGCAAGGGCACUCAACAGACGCAGCACAAAUCUAAGAAAGGUCUACUUAUCAGCAGCACCACAAUGUCCUUUCCCUGAUGCACUUCUUAGUAACGCUAUAAACACCGGUCUUUUCGACUAUGUUUGGGUGCAAUUCUACAACAAUCCGGGUUGUCAUUAUGCCAAUGGCAAUGCCAACAACCUUAUAAGCUCUUGGAACACAUGGAGUGGAGUCGAUGCAGCCCAAAUCUUCCUCGGAAUACCUGCUGCACCAGCUGCAGCUGGCAGUGGGUACAUUCCACCUGAUGUACUUAUAUCUGAUGUUUUGCCAAGUAUUAGAGAUUCCCCUAAGUUUGGAGGGGUGAUGCUUUGGUCAAGGUUCUAUGAUGACGGAUAUAGUUCCGCCAUCCAGGGUAGUCUGGAUGGCGGAUCUAGUACUGGACUUGAUGUAUCAAUUGGCAUACCAAUCAUUGGUAUCCCUUAAGCACCAACAACUUACUCUUCAUGUAAUUGAUUUUUUCUUUCUCUCCCUUUGGUUGUUUUGUC